AUGCAAGUUUACAUCCCCAAAGAGGAUUUAUACCAUAGUGGAAAGUAUUCCUUAAGCUUUUCUAUCAUACUCUAUUGGUUUUGCUUCUUACUCUUCUUUCUUCUUUUCUCCUACUGCCAACUGUUCUCUCUCAAUUUAUUUUUUAUUUUUUCUUACAAGAACAUGACUGAACCAAUAUUACUUUCAUGCUACGUUGCUAUUAGCAAUCCUUGUACCUUUUCAAAAUUUAUUCAUCCUUUGUUUUUCAUUCUUUUCUCCUCUUCUUUCCUUUUUAUUUCAUGUUGUCCAUUUUUAUUUUUUCCUUCAUCCUUUUUACUUUUCUUUCAUUUUACCCUUUUUUCUUUUAUUUCAUUUUUUCCUUCAUCCUUUUUACUUUUCUUUCAUUCUUUUUUUUUCUUCAUUCUUUUUACUUUUCUUCCAUUCUUUUUUUUCCUUCAUCUUUUGUAUUUUUCUUUCAUUUUACCCUUUUUUUCUUUUAUUUCAUUCUUUUUCUUUUUCCUUCAUCCUUUUUAUUUUUCUUUCAGUUUACCCUUUUUUCUUUUAUUUCAUUCUUUUUCUUUUUCCUUCAUCCUUUUUAUUUUUCUUUCAGUUUACCCUUUUUUCUUUUAUUUCAUUCUUUUUCUUUUUCCUUCAUCCUUUUUAUUUUUCUUUCAGUUUACCCUUUUUUCUUUUAUUUCAUUCUUUUUCUUUUUUCCUUCAUCCUUUUUACUUUUCAUUUUACACUUUUUUCUUUUAUUUCAUUCUUUUUCCUUUUUUCCUUCCCUAACACUCAUUCCUCAUUUAUUCAUUUCUUUAACUGAUUUCCUCUCCUCCUUUUCCGAUUUAUUUUUCUUUGUUAUUUCAUUCAUUCUUUUUUACCUUGACUUCAAACGUUUGGUUUGCCUGAAAUUUAUCAAUGAAUCUAUAUUGAACUUCAUUUAA